AAUAAACAAAAAAAUGUUUUACCAAUGUUUUACUUAGGGUUUUGUUACGUUCAAAUGCGUUCAAAUAAAACUUAAAAAAAUAGUAACUCUUUUUUAAUCUGUGAAUGUUUGUAUGCUCUGCUGACAGCGAGCGUCUGUCAUUUAUUUAAUUCAACCGUCGUCAAAGUCAAACGUGAACUUUUGAAAUACUUUGAAAGAAGCGCUGUAAUAUUUUGGUUUAUUUUGAAUAUCGAGUCACUUUUUUAGUGUUGACGAUGGCAGAUGUGGACGAAAUUAUUGAUUACAUAAAAUCGCUGAAGAAAGGAUUCGAUAAAGACUUGUUUCAGAACAAAAUUGAUGAAUUAGCAUAUGCUGUUGAUACAACUGGAAUACUUUACAAUGAUUUUCAUACUUUGUUCAAAGUUUGGUUAAACUUAUCUAUUCCUAUAUCAAAAUGGGUAAGCCUGGGUGCUUGCCUUGUGCCACAGAAUCUCGUUGAAGAUCGAACUGUGGAGUAUGCUUUGAGUUGGAUGCUUUCUAAUUAUGAGGACCAGUCCACAUUCUCUCGAAUCGGAUUCUUAUUAGAUUGGCUUACAGCUGCAAUGGAGUGUGAAUGUAUUGAAAUGGAGACUCUGGACAUGGGCUAUGAUGUGUUCUAUGUCAGCUUGACUUAUGAGACUUUGACACCUCAUGCAGUGAAACUGGUGUACACCCUGACAAAACCUGUUGAUGUUACAAGGAGGAGAGUUCUUGAAUUACUUGACUAUGCCAGGAAGAGAGAAGCUAAGAAGAAUAUGUUCAGACAGCUUCAAGUACUUCUCGGUCUCUUCAAAUCCUAUAAACCAGAAUGUGUGCCUGAGGAUAUACCUGCCAUCUCCAUCCACGCUGCUUUCAAGAAGAUCAACCCAGAUCUUAUGGCAAGAUUCAAGAGGAAUCAGGAAAGCAGGAACUCAGUCCGCAGAGACAGACAUCACUUAACAUGGAUUAAUCCUAUUAAUUCUGACCGUGGACGAAACAAGAAGGUAGAUCCAUUAGUACCAAAUGUUGAGUUUUUGAACAUUGGUUCAAAGCAGUAUGCAGAAAAAGAACAUCAGAAGAAUUUCUUAGAUUUCACAGACCCAGUAUCAGUGCUGCAGUGCAGUGUCCAGCGUUCGACGUCCCGGCCGGCUCGGAUACGAGCGCUGUUGUGUAACGUGACCGGCGUGGCUCUACUGGCCCUCGCCUCUCACACGGAACAGGAGUUCUUGUCUCAUGACCUCCAUCAUCUGCUUAAUAGCUGUUUCCUGAACAUAUCACCACACAGUUACAGAGAGAAGCAGGACUUGCUGCACCGUUUAGCAGUAUUGCAGCAUACUCUCAUGCAGGGGAUACCAGUCAUCACAAGGUUCCUGGCACAAUACCUGCCUCUGUGGAAUGAGAGUGAUUUCUUUGCAGAGGCCCGUGGCCUAUUUGAUGAAACCCGUAAAAUACGUAAUGAGUACUGGUUGAUUGUCCCCCAGGUCCUGGAGCUGGUGCAGUGGGUGAGCGUGGACGGCGCGGAGGUGGUGCAGUGCGUGGUGUCCCCGCUGGCGGCCGCGUACCACCGCGCGCGGGCCGCGCAGCAGUGCGCCAUACUCAGGGCUCUCAACCAUAUGUACUGUAAUCUGGUAUACGCCAGUACUAGAAAACGCUAUCACUUCAUGGGUACGCCGCCAUCGCCUCAAGUGUACGCACAAGUUUUGCCCCAAGUAGCCACCGCCAUCAGUGACAUGUGUGAUAAAGAACUACAAGUCAAUCCAGAGCAAAUGGUAGUGGUGCACAGUACCGUGUCCGGCGCGGCAGUGCGCGCGCGGGGCGAGGCGCGCGGCGGGGCGGCGGCCGGCGCGCUGGCGCCCGCGCUGGCGCUGGCGCUGCCACUGCUCGGCGUGUCCGCUGCAUUGCUCGACUCGGUCGCAGAACUCAUGAUACUGUACAAAAAAAUAUUUACUACAGCCAAACAAUCAAACGUGAUAAUGAACAGCGACACUUUUGAGAAACAGAUGCAAGUACUAGAAGCGUAUACUUCAGAUUUGAUCAACUGUUUGUACAGCGAAGGCGUACUGAGCGACAGAAACUUAGGAUUUGUAUUCAGCAAAUUACACCCUCAACUUGUUGGGAAACUUGGAUCGUUAAUGCCUGACGUUGACGCUAAGUUGAGUAUUAGAAACAGUAUAGCGUUCGCUCCUUAUACCUACAUACAUUUAGACGCUAUAGACCAUAGAGAUGCUGAUAAUAAGCUCUGGUUUAACGCCGUCAUCGAACAAGAGUUUACUAAUCUCAGUCGCUUCUUGAAAAGGGCUGUUACUGAACUGCGUUACCAGUAGAAAGUGACGUACUAAUGUUCU